AAAUGCAGACCAACGACAUCCUCGAGCCUACCGUCCGUAUACGCGACCUCCAAAGCGACCGCGUCAAUUUUGUCCUUGAAAAUGCAGACCUUGCACUGGCCAACUCGAUGCGGAGAGUCAUGAUGGCAGAUAUCCCUACCGUCGCCAUCGAUAUGGUUGAAAUCCAUGCCAACACUACCGUUUUGCCCGACGAGUUCAUCGCACAUCGGCUGGGUAUGAUCCCACUCGUUAGCACGAACUGCGAUGAGGCAAUUCGUUACAACAGAGAUUGCACAUGUGCACGAUCCUGCCAAAACUGCUCUAUAACACUGUUGCUGCAUGUGUCAUGUAGUGACAAUAGGACAAUGGAUAUAACGACCAAUCACUUGGACGUUGUGGCGCAGUUCGAGGAUGAGGAGCCGGCCGGUGAAGAAUUGUCGAAGCGGUCUAAAAACUUUGGAGAACCAGUGGGGAAAGGCGGCGACAAUCCGGUAUUGAUAGGCAAAAUACGAAAGGGACAGGAGCUCAAAGUGCGUUGUGUAGCCAAGAAGGGCAUAGCUAAGGAACACGCAAAAUGGUCACCAUGUUCUGCUGUCUCCUUCGAGUAUGACCCUCACAACAGGCUCCGACACACGUCAUACUGGUAUGAGACCGAUAUCAAGGACGAGUGGCCGUUGAGUGAAAACGCAAAAGAGGAAGAGCCACCUAGGGACGAUGAGUUAUUCGACUAUAACGCUAAACCCAAUAAGUUCUACAUGGAAGUGGAGACAGAUGGCAGUUUGGGACCACAAGAGGUGGUCAUGAAGGGACUGGCCGAUUUGCAGCUCAAGCUCGCAAACCUCAUUCUUGGGCUAAAAUCAGACAGUCUGCCCAGUGUUGAUCAGCAGCUCGCUCCAACUCAACAGAAUGGGACGGGCACCAACGGAGUUCCUGGAGGUGGAUGGGGCGCCAGUUCGUCGCCCGGCGCCGGCGGGUGGGGUGGUGCAAGCGGUGGAGGCAAUGGGGGAGCCGCCGGAGGAUGGAACGCCGGAGGUGGCGCAUGGGGAGGUAGUCCAGCUGGUGGGUGGGCGUAUGGAGCGUCGGGUAGUCCAGGGUCAGCCCCGGGUCCGAAUUCGGGUCAGGGUCCAGCUUCCGGUGCAGGAAGUUGGGGUAGUACGAGCCCGCAGAGGACAGGGUGGGGUAGUCCACAGCAGCAAGCGAGCGGGUGGAAUGUGUGAUCAUUGUGUUUGUACGUGCAUACUGUACGCCUCUCUCUGUAGUCAUCCUUGAUUCCCAUGCCAUCACCAGGCUUUGGUCGGGGAACACACUGUAUCAUCUCAGUCGUUAACCAAUGCUUGACCAGCU